AUAAUAUUGAAAUCUCCAAUGGACGAAUCCGAACAUGCCCCUAAUACAGGCUCCAAUGAUUUAGAUCGUGACAACUGUACUGACAUCCAAGACUACAAACACUGGCGAGGCAAUAACUGCUUCUUCUGAAAUGGUGUAAUCAUGACUGGCCCCAAACUAGGAGCCGAAGUCGUAGCCACUCUGGCUGCACAUGGCAUUGUGAUGCUUGGCUUGGUCUCGAAUAGUCUGACUUUCGUGCCAUAUGCUUUCUCCGAGUACAACGGGUCGUGGCUGUUCACACUGUCGGCCUUAGUAGGAUACCUGAUUGGGUUCUGGCUGUACUACUGCUUGUUGAGAGCCCAGUUCAGAGACCCUGGUGUGUUGUUCAGAGACUUCUCGUACGAAGACGAAGCUGCAGGGUUUCCAAGCGACGAGAAAGUGCUUGCACAAGAACAACAGAAGUCUCGAGUAGAUCCAGUACGAGCAGGCGCUCAUAUUUACAAGGCCAGAUAUUGUCACACAUGACACAUAAUGAAGCCGCCAAAGGCAUCUCAUUGAGGAGUGUGAGACAACUGAGUAGCAGAGUUUGAUCAUCAUUGCACUUUCAUAAACAAUUGUAUAGGAAGAAGAAAUAUGGCCGCUUUUUGAAUGUUUCUAUUUCUUUGAAUUGUCUGGGCAGUCUGGUACUGAGGAAUGGGAGCAUAUUAUUUUCUUCAUGCGCUAUAUUACACUUGUGAUUUAUACCGCCUCUAUGUUACUAUUCCCGUCACAUUAGUAGCAAUCCCCUUUAUUAUCCCUCUCUUUGACCUUUACGAAAUCUCCCAAUGUAAAAUUAUUGCUGGAUCUAUUGCCUUCUUAAGUCUCAUAAUAACUUUUUGCUACCAAAUGCCUUUUCCCAAAUGGUACAUUAACCCGUUCUGUUUCAUGUUCUUUGUGCUCCCGCCUGUGAUCCUCUUCUUCGUUGGAAACUUCUCUGCAGAGUACUACUACUUGCUCUCAAGGGACAUGACUGAGAAGGAGCUGGUCUCCAGAAGGCAGUUUUCAAGUAGGGAAAAAGUUGAUGAUGCUCUUAUUAAGAACUUAACUUUUAAGCAGAAAAUGAGGAAUGUGUUCAAGAGACUUACAAGGAGCAACCCGAAAUCUGUACUGGAUAUAGCAGCCACAAUGGAGAUUUCUGAGUCAGCAGAUCGGGACAUUGAAGGCAUGGAUAACCAAUACUCAAGCUCAUCCAGUUCGUCAGAUGAUGAACUCCCUGAGGUGUUGAAGCAAAGGCAGAUGAACAUACAGUAUACAGGGGAUGGCGUUGUUAAGAUGCUUAAUUAUGACGGCAAGAUAGUACAGGAAAUUAGUCAGGAAGAGUUCUUGAAGCAAAAUCCUCAAUUUGCUAGGUUCCAUCCUGAAAUCCAAAUUCAACCAGGUCCUCCUCAAACAGAGCAGGUUAGUGAAUUCCAAAGACAAUGGGACCAGAAUAAGAAGCUACAACAACAACAAGAACAGAAUGCUAUGAAUAUAGUUGUGGAUGAUGAAGGUAAAGGAGAGUUUAGUGAAAAGUACAAAGAACGUCUUGAAAAUGAUAAAAUCAGGAAAGAAACUCAAACUAUUCCAACUCAGAACGAAGACACUAUAGAUGAAAUUUAAAGCGCAAUUAUUUCAAUAAUAUCUUAGCCCCAUG